AUUAGCUCAUGUUUAGUCCUCCUAAUUAGCAUCCGAACAUCCGAUAUGACACCGUUAAAAUUUAGCACAUAGUAUCCAAACACCACCUUAAUCUCGUCUUUCUCACUGUAGCAUGUUUCUUCUACGACAAGAUUUGUGUCUUUGCCAGUAGGUUUCCCCCAGCAUAGCAUAAGCACUUCCAUUGCUCGUCUCGUCCAUACUUCCUUCCAAAAAAGAAACAGAAAAAAAACAUGAAUCGGUCUUUUUUCUUCUCAUCAUUUACCUGUUAAUCCAUUUCUUACCUCUACUCUUCCAUUUUGUCUUAUAUUUUUCACCCUCAUCUCUUCCUUCGUUUCUUUUGAUCCCCUAGAAAAAGAAAAUCUAGAAAAAAUAUCUUGAGUUUUUGCUUGCUUCCCAUCGUUUGCCAGUGUAGAUCCCUGCCAAUAUCCCAACACCUCCUGCUAUUUCAAUUCAUUCUGUUCUCUUCCUUUUCACCUGGAAAUACUUUCAUCAUCCAAGAUCUCUUCACUUGCAAAAGCGGUGGAAACACAGACUACUGCAGUUCCAUGGCGGGCGUGGCGCUGGCCGGCUCACGGUGGGUGGCAUCGCCAAUCGUCAACAAGCUGCUCGCUGACGCUUCAACCUAUCUGGGAGUGGACAUGGCGCGUAAGCUCCACGAAUUGGAGACCACCGUCCUGCCACAACUUGACCUGCUGAUUGAAACGGCCGAGAAGAGCCCCCAUGGGGACAAGCUGAAGGCAUGGCUGCACCAGCUCAAAGAAGCAUUCUAUGAGGCCGAAGACCUGCUUGAUGAGCACGAGUACAACCUCGUCAAGCGCAAAGUGAAGAGCGGCGAGGAGCCCGCACGGGAAGCGGAUGCCCCCACCAUUAAAACAAGUAUUAUGAAGCCUCUUCGUGCUGCGACGAGCAGGGCACGCAACCUGCUUCCUGAGAACAGGAAGCUAAUUCGCAAGCUGAGUGAACUGAAGGCCACCCUGGCAAAAGCCGAGGACUUCCGUCAACUUCUGGGCUUACCAGCCAGCAACAGCACAGGGACAUCUGCUGCAGCAAUAGCUAUUGUUCCUCCGGCAACAUCACUAAACCCGCCAAAAGUGUUUGGGCGCGACAAGGAUCGCGACAGCAUAAUAGAUCUUCUCACCAAGAAGACUGCCAACGAUUGCUCAGGUAGAUUCUUAGGUUGGCCAUUGUUGCACACGGAGGUGCGGGAAAAUCCACCUUGGCGCAACUUGUUUACAAUGACAAGAGGACACAAGAAUAUUUUGAUGCCAGGAUGUGGGUCUGCAUCUCAGGCAAACUUGAUGUCCAUCAUCACACUCAAUUAGACUAUAUUUAAUACUCCUAA